AUGACAAAUCAUUUACUAGGUCGAUCUCGACGUUCGAGUACCUAUGUAGAAGUUUUACCAAUAGAAAAAGAAGGACGUUCAAGACGUGGAUUCUCUUUAGAAUUACCACUAUUAAAAAAUGAUUAUAUUAUUGAUCAUUUUCAUAAUGAAGAAUUAGAAGAAGCAAUAAAUAAAAUAAAAAAAGAAAAUGAAAAAAUACGUUUGGAAAAUUUACUUUAUUCACGUUAUUUACGACGAGUUAAUAGUUCAAAUAUUAUAGAAACAUAUGAUCAAUAUGCAAAUGAAAAUGAUAUUAUUGAAAAAGAAUUAUAUAUUAAUUCAAAUGAAAACAUUCUUCAUAGUAAAGUACCUAAAAUAGCAAGACGUUUAUCUAUGGAAAAAAAUUCGGUUGAUACAUCAAACACAAAAUCAUUAUGGACUAAAUUAAUAGCAAAUUUACGUGAAGCUACUUAUGCACCACUUCUUUUACGUAUUAAACAAGAAAAAUUAUUUAUUGCUGCAUAUGAAAUUGAACAUACACGAUUAGAUUGGAAAAGAAUGGAAGCUAAUUCUAUUUUAGAAUUAGACCAAUUAGAUGUUCUUCUUCGAACUGCUGAAUCUGAUGAAAUUACUGAAGAAAAACUCAAUAAUGAUGUAAAAAAACAUAUAAAUAAAUUUCAAUAUGAUUUUAGUAAAGAUAAAUUAAAUAAUAAACGUUUAAUUGUUCCAGCUGAUAUUCUUAUUAGUCGUAUUAAUAAACAAAUAGAAAAACAUAAACGUUUAAUUGAUUCUUUACAUAUUGAUACAGAAUGUGCACAAGUACGUAUUCGAACAAUUGAGAAAACUAUGCAAGAUUUAGAUAAUUUACAUGAAAAAAUGGAUGAAAUUGAUAUUAAUUUUGUUCGAACAAAAUAUAUUGAUUAUCGAGAUACAUAUAAAAAACUUGAAAAACAAUAUACAAUGAAUAAAUCAUCACAAUAUCCAUUAAUUCAUAAUUUAGAAGAAUGGAAAGCAAAGCUAUCUGAACAAGAACAAUUGAAAAUUGAUUAUCAAUAUAAAUGUGAUUUAUUCGAAAAUUAUUUAGAAUUACUUAAUAAUGAAAUUUCUUGUAUUAAAUAUGAAAAUGAAUUAAUUUUAAAUGAAAAUAAUUUUUUAAAAGAUCGAAUAGCUGAUAUUAAAAAAGUACCAACAAUUACAGAAUAUGCUUAUACUAUUGAACAAACAAAAAAAUUAAAACAUGAAAUUGAUAUUUGGACACAAAGAGUGAAUAUUGCUGAAGUAAGCUUUCAUAUAGAAAAUCAAGAUUAUUUUUUAUGA